GCCGGGGGCACUCUGCAGCAGUCUAGCCUGCCUCCUACAAUUUAUCUCCACCCAACAGGAGCAUGAAGACCUCCACAGCAGCCCUUGCUGUACUUUUUGUGGCUGUCCUCUGCUACCAGGUCUCUUCUUCUCCAUUUGCCAUCAACUUUUCUGGACCCUGCUGCAUCCAAUACAGGACCAAAGCGUUUCCCUUGAGCCGCAUUAUGAUGUAUGAGCACACGGGCAGCCACUGCCCCCAGCCAGCUGUGAUAUUUACCACAGUCAAAGGCAACAAGGUCUGUGGCAAACCUGAUGAAAAGUGGGUCCAGGACGUCGUGAAUGCCCAGAAGGACAAGGCAGGCAGUGGAUGAGCAAUGCCCUGCUCCCUCCAAGCAUCACCUCUGCAAGGACCUGCUCUCAUGGGCAUCUCCAAGACACAUCCCUCUUUUCGUAUUGCCUGUGAAUUUGGCAGACUAUUUAAUGCAGUGUUUUUCUCUUUUAUUUAAGUUUAUGC